AUGAGCAAGAAGCAAGGAUUGGUUGCCACCUACACAACCCCUACUGUGGAUCCAGCCGACAACCGAGGAUCAGCUGCCUCCUGCACAUCUCCCACUGGGGAUGUGCCCGCAACCCAGGAUGUGAACUUUGAGGACGUGGCCAUUGCCUUCUCUGAAGUGGAGUGGGUGAUCCUGGAUGAUGCUCAGAGACUUCUGUACUACGAUGUGAUGCUGGAAGUGUUUGCCCUUGUAUCAUCUGUAGGUUGUUGGCAUAAAAUGGAAGAUGAGGAGGCCUGUUCUGAUCAGCGAGUAUGUAUACAAGGCAAGUCACAGGUCAGGACUUCUAAGACAGCUCCAGUCACCCAUAAGAACCAUCUCUGUAAGCGGUGUUUCUCUCUGUUACAACAUAUUUUUCACCCGACUGGGUCACAUGCAGCAUACUUUGAGCAGAAAGCCUUCUGUAGCGACGCAUGUGUUGGAGAAUUCUGUUUCAGUGUAAACCCUCACCAGCAACAAAAGAAUGAAUGUGGAGAGGGGCACUGGAAAGAAGCUAUGGACAGGGCCUCUUUUGUGAGCAGGUGCAGCUUCUCCUUCCCUUCGGUGCCUUCAACCAGCAGGGAGGUUGGGGAAGACUUGCAAUCCAACUCAGAGCUUCCCCAGCACCAGGCCACUCUCAACACUGAGGAGCUACACUGUGGCAGUGAGAUUUCACAGGAAUUUCUCCAUGGAAAAAGUCAUCACCGGUGGGAUGAAUGUGGAAACGCUGCCAGCCACAACCUGAAAGUUGUUCAGUGUCAGGGUGUGUGUUCUGGAGAACUGAUUUAUGAGUGUAACAGGUAUAGGAAAGUGUUUAGACGAAACUUUAACACACCAGAGAUUCACACUGGAGAGAAGACAUAUGUGUGCAAACAUUGUGGGAAGUCUUUCAGUUACAACUGUAACCUCAAACGACACAACAGAGUUCACACAGGAGAAAAGCCAUAUAAGUGCAGUGAUUGUGGGAUAUCCUUUCGUCAGAAGACCCACCUCGUGGAACACCUCAGAGUUCACACUGGACUUAAACCAUAUGAGUGCAGACAUUGUGGGAAAUCCUUCAGCUCCAAGUCUAACCUUAAACAACACAACAGAGUUCACACAGGAGAAAAGCCAUAUAAGUGCAGUGAAUGUGGGAUGUCCUUUCAUACAAGGACUCAGCUCACUAGACACCUCAGAGUUCACACCGGAGAGAAGCCGUAUGAGUGUAGAGAAUGUGGGAUGUCCUUUCGUACAAGGGCUCAGCUCAAUGUACACCUCAGAGUUCACAGUGGGGAGAAGUCAUAUGAGUGUAGAGAAUGUGGAAUGUUCUUUCGUACAAGGGCUCAGCUCACUGUACACCUCAGAGUUCACACUGGACAGAAACCAUAUGAGUGCAGACAUUGUGCGAAAUCCUUCCGUUCCAAGUCUAACCUCAAUCGACACAACAGCGUUCACACAGGAGAAAAGCCGUAUAAGUGCAGAGAAUGUGGGACGUCCUUUCGGACAAGGACUCAGCUCACUGUACACCUCAGAGUUCACACUGGACAGAAAACAUAUGAGUGCAGACAUUGUGGGAAAUCCUUCAGCUCCAAGUCUAACCUGAAACAACACAACAGCGUUCACACAGGAGAAAAGCCAUAUAAGUGCAGAGAAUGUGGGAUGUCCUUUCGUACAAGGGCUCAGCUCACUAAACACCUCAGAGUUCACACCGGAGAGAAGCCAUAUGAGUGUACAGAAUGUGGGAUGUCCUUUCGUACAAGGGCUCACCUCACUAGACACCUCAGAGUUCACAGUGGGGAGAAGCCAUAUGAGUGUAGGGAAUGUGGGAUGUCCUUCCGUUCCAAGUCUAACCUCAAACAACACAACAGCAUUCACACAGGAGAAGAGCCAUAUAAGUGCAGAGAAUGUGGGAUAUCCUUUCGUACAAGGACUCAGCUCACUAGACACCUCAGAGUUCACACCAAAGAGAAGCCAUAUGAGUGUAGAGAAUGUGGGAAGUCCUUUCGUACAAGGGCUCACCUCACUGUACACCUCAGAGUUCACACUGGAGAGAAACCAUAUGAGUGCAGACAUUGUGGGAAAUCCUUCCGUUACAGGUCUAACCUCAGACAACACAACAGCGUUCACACAGGAGAAAAGCCAUAUAAGUGCAGAGAAUGUGGGAUGUCCUUUCGUAUGUGGGAUUACCUCAUUAAACACCUCAGAGUUCACACUGGAGAGAAGCCAUAUGAGUGUAGAGAAUGUGGGAGGUCCUUUCGUACAAGGGCUCACCUCACUAGACACCUCAGAGUUCACACUGGAGAGAAGGCACAUGAGUGUACUGAAUGUGGGAAGUCUUUUAGCCAAAAAUCCAGCCUUAAUAAACAUCUGAGAGUUCACACUGGAGAGAAGUGUUAAAUGUGCAGGGAAUGUUUCCUUUUAUUCACUUAGAAUAACAACAAUGAAGGAGACUCUUUGCGACCUAUUUUCCUGAAUUUAAACCCCUUUUAAUGGGACAUACACUCUUCUAGAGUCCUCAUGUUUCCAGUACAGGUGAAGCUUAAACGAGGUGCAUUGCACUUUAACAUGCCCAGGUCUUCUACCCGAUUGAUCUGUGGCUGAAGAGAUUUCCCCUCUACCACCUGGCUCGCCUGAAGAGUGUGUAUCAGUCCCAACCACGGCGUGCUCAGGGGAAAUGUAUUCUGUGUUGUCACUUGUGCUUGAGAACAUUAGGAACCCUCCGCUCCUGAUAGGAUCUUCAUUUGUCUCCGAGGAGGUAAUGCGCCUGACCCAGGGUUCAUACAGGGCACCUUCCUCAGCUAAGAAGUGCGGCCUCUGUCCGGGACAUGUGGUUCUCACAUUAUGCUGUGUUGAAUUGUUUCAAAUUCUGAUUCACCAACCUGCAAACCGCCUUGUCCUGUUUUCUGGUUUGUGAUCUUUAGUAAAGGUAUUUUUUCUUUAGUACCUUUAAUUUUCUUGGUUAUAUUCACCCCCAGGGAUGAUUAUCAAGCACUAUUGUGGUCUACGUUGUAUAAUUUACAGAUAUUGUGUGGAUCCCAACGUUUCUGUGCUUUAGGAGGGACAGCAUAGUGCCAGGAAAUCACUCUUUGACCAAUAUUGGCUUUUAGUGCAUUGUUGCCCACGGCCUUGAAAUAAAGACUGCGUGACUUUGUGGUUCUUGUUUGCAGGUUUGAUCCUGGCCCCUAUGGAGCUUUGUAGGAGGCAUCUAAUUUUUCCUCCUCUCUCACAUUGAUGUCUCUCCCAGUCUUUCCCUUCCUCUCCCCCUUCCCUUGCACUCUGUCUGAAAAUCAAUGGAAAAAUAUCCUCAGGUGAGGAUUACCAAAAAAUCCAAACAUUCACCCUGGUGCCCUGAGAUGGGGCCUCUGCCGGCACCACCCACCUUUGCUCACUCCUGCCUUUUCUUGGGAUGUUCCCACUGCAGGUGGGCUCACUGUGCCCUUCCCAGUGUUUGGCAGAGAGGCAAGGCCCUGGGAGGGAAUGGGGUUCUGUGUGUGCUUGAGAUGCACUGGCCAGGGCUCUUCUGUCUCGAUCCAGAGGUCUCUCCAGCCUGCUCCUCCCCACCCGCCAGGCACCUGGCCUGCUGCAAAUGAACCUACUUCUGUAUCUUGGAGAAGCCCCCUGAUGCUAUGGGCCCUGAAAUCAGUUCACCUUUAGAAAAUCCUGCCUCCCGCCAACCCAUUCACACCCCUGAGACCCACUGGUGUUUACGUCUCUCUUUUUUUUCAUUUUAGGGAUUAUUUUGCACUUUAUUAAAAAUACGGCACACCUCUCCCCUACCCCUUCACCCAUCCGUCCUGGAGGUAGCAUGGAUUCUCCAGGAUAUGGUUUUGUUUAUUUUCAAUGGUGGGAACAUUCUGUAAUACAAGCAUUUCCAGAAGGAGAGGAUUGGUCUCAAUAUAAUUCCACAUUUGGAGGAUGAUUUGUGGUUGGUGUGCCCCCGCCCCUAAGUUUUGCCUGUGCAUGGAAGACCUGAAAUGAGGGCAUAGUUCCGGAUUCUGGGGAAUAGUGUGCUGCUGGGGGGUGCGGUUGAGGGGGCAGAGAGUUUGGGUGCCUGUGAACAUGUUCCUGCCAGCUCAUGGUCCAGGUUCCUUGAGCGGGUGGGCUGAGGGAAGGCUGUAUGGAUGAGAACUUGAAUCAGGCUGGAUGGAGGCUCAGCAGCCAUGGGUGGGCAUAAGAAACACAUAUAAAGACUAUGGCUUUGGAUACUGUUGAGCUGAACUGUUUCAGAUUCCCCAAAUACAGAGUCCCCUGUACUUGGGAACUGGCAUCUAGUGGAGGACAGUACACAAUGGACCAGGAUACCUGUGAGAGGUGACAGCAGCGAUGGGGGGAGGUGAAACCAGCGUUGGUCAGUGGGGGUCUUCACUGAGGAAGUCUGGGAAGGGUUGGCAGGCUCCAGGUGGGAGCCUGCCCUGUGCAUUUGCGAGCUGUUCGGAGGUCACUCUGGCUGGUUUUAACAGCAAGGAUCAGAAAGUGGUAAAAAA